CUAAGCAGCCCGCGCCCGCCUCUCUCUCCCCUUCUCCGCCGCCUCUCCCCGAUCCAGAUCCAACCCAAGCGCCCGUCCUCCGCCGCCGCAGCCACGACGUCACGGCCUGCUCCUCGUGGUGGUCGCGCCGGUGCUCCGCGCCGCGCAGAGCCCCAUCUCGCAGCCGUCGUCGGCCGGCGCGCCCACCGCGUCCCCGCUCCUCCGCCCCGACGUGGACUCUCGCAACCCUCUCUCCAACCCUAACCCUCUCCCUCCCUCAGAUCUCAAUACGCCGCCGCCCCUAUCCCUACCCCCGCGUAGCCCAAUCCAAUCCGCCGCCGUCCUCUACCCAGAUCCCUCCCCGCUCCGGCGAGCCCGCCAUGAACCGUCUGCGGGCGGCAGCGCAGCGGGAGCAGCACGGGCUUCACCUCCCCGGGCCAUGUCUCCCCCUUCCACCAUCGCUCCUCCUCCACCUCCUUCACGGCCUCCCUCCCGGGCACCGCCCGAGCAGCCUCGACAGGGACGACCUGGAUCCGGACCCGGCCGCGGCCACCACGGAGGCUCUCGCCAAGGUCGACCUCUCCGACGAUCCGGACGCCACCGCCACCGCCACCGCCAAGUCCGCGGCUCCAGCAAGCCCCGUCAGGCAGCCAGAGGCGGCGGCUGCGACGUGGGUGAUCGCAAUCAACAAGGAGUUCCCGGGCCCCGUCGUCAACGUCACCACAAACUACAAUGUCGCCGUCAACGUCCUCAACAGCCUCGACGAGCCGCUCCUCAUCACCUGGGACGGCAUCCAGCAGCGGAAGAACUGCUGGCAGGACGGCGUGCUGGGCACCAACUGCCCCAUCCCGCCCGGAUGGAACUGGACCUACAACUUCCAGGUCAUGGACGACGCGUGCAAGUCGCUCGACUAUCCAGAAGACCAGACCUGUGCUUUCAGUUCAGUUUCGUCAGAUAUAUCUGCUGCCAUGCUCUUCUAUUUGUAUUCAGUUUGGUCAGGCUUGUGGUUCCUGGACGGCCUUGGCUAUCCUAUCUAUCUCAGCUUCAUCAGUUAGGGGCAAUCAAUGUAGUAGUAGUGUAACGUUGAUUUGCAUCUUAUCUUAUCUGUGGGAAAAUUGAUCGAAUCGAAUUGCAGGAGCUAUCUUAAUUAGCUUCAUCUGUUCGGAUCAUGUGUCAAUCAUAUUAGCUGUGAUGCCAUUUUUAUGUUCGUAUUAGCUGCAUCUUAUUUGUGUUUCCCCAGUUUAUGAAUCAUGUUUUCGUUUACGUGCCGUAAGAAGGCUGUAUUUGGUAAUCACCCAAAAUGCCUCUCUUUUUUUAGCUGAUGAAUCGUCCUACAUGCACAGUUUGCUUGAUGUCCGUGUUUAUCCAGAUUCCAGAAUGUUUGAUUGCAACAUUCUAUUGAAGAUUGAAGUAUAGGACCAGCGUACAUGAUUUGGAACCUUUUGGUUUCGAUCAGUUGCUGCUGCUGAUUUAAUGCCUAUGCUCACGCUGCUGUUGAUUAAAUGCUUAUGUUGUUGCUGCAUGCUUAUGCUACUGAUUCAAUGCUUAGGAAUUGAUUGAAUUGAACCUGCUGUAAUCCUUCCUGUUCUACUUGUAUUUAAUUUUUGGGUUUCUAUUUGAUUUUUUAGUCUGUUAUAUACGGUUCAUCUUCAGUUUCUUCUGUAACUUGCUUGGAGCUUAGAAUACACAGCCCAACUAGUCUCAUAUACAACUAAGACCAAUGAUUCAUGCUGAAUUCUGUAUAUAUAUGUAUGUGUUGGAUUGGAGAACCACUCGAGGAGGGAGGGAGGAAGCACGGAAGGUCACCAUGGACCUCGCCCAACUCCCACCCAUCUUCCUGCCUGCAGCUGUAGGCCAAAUAAAGGAUGUUGUUCUCGGUGGAGUUGCGCUUGAGGAUGAGCAGAGAGAGAAAUUUAAUCAAAUCCAAUAGCUUCACUCGUGUCUGCCACUGCUCAUUGUCGUGUUGACAGAGCGUUCACCCGAUGGCGGAAUACCACGCCGCAGCGUGGGCAGUCGGCGGUUGCGCUAUAUACGUGAGUGACAAACCCGAAAACCAUGACUUCGAUCUGCUGAGGAAGCUUGUGUUUCCUGACGGAUCAAUCCUGCGAGCCAAACUGCCCGGGAGACAAACUGCACUACCGUUGUCGCGGAAAUUCCGUGCGAUGGAAGCUUCUAGAGCCUGCUGGUACUUCCUAGCCAGAAGCCCCACGAGCUCGACGUCCAGCCCUACAACCACCACCCCACGCACAAGCAGGUGCUCUGCUCUUGCUCACGUCUAGCACCGUCUCUGGUGCGAUGGUGCUUCUUGAGGCGACCACAAGCUCUCCGCUGUGAGUAGACGUCAACGAUGCCUACUUGCUUGGCUGCUACAGUGAUGCAUGCGCCGGUCAAGCAAGCACACAUGCAUAUACGUACAUGUUAGGAUAGUAGCAGAUGUGCCAUAAUUCCUGUGUAAGGAAAUGUAUUCCUGAGAUGAUUUUGUUAUGUUAUCUAAACCUGGGAGAUGUCUUAUGUGAUGUGAUAUGAUGGAUGAUCUGAAUUCGACA